GGCGGAGCCGAGCGCGAUCCAAGAUGGCGGCGUCGGAGGGACUAGGGAGGCUCAGGAUGGCAGCUCUUGCGUGGCUCGCGCUUUUCCUGGUGGCCAUCUCCGCCGUGGACAGAAGCAACUUCAAGACCUGCGACCAGAGUGCCUUUUGCAAGCGCCAGAGGAGCGUGAAUGCUGGGAGCUCCCCGUACAGGGCCUUGCUGGACUCACUGCAGCUCAGCCAGGAUUCCAUGAAAAUCCAGCUCAUCAACGAAGUGAACAAGGUCCCUCUCCUCCUCGAGCUCUACGGCUUGAAAGGGAACAUGACCCGGAUCCGGAUCAACGAGCUGAAUCCGCUCAAGCCCCGCUACGAGGUCCCCGACGUGUUAGUCCAGGAUCCGCCCACCACCAGAUUGUCCGUCACAGGUCGGGACGGCAACAGUGUGGAGCUGUCCCUGGGCGACAGGGGGCACAAACUCAUCCUGACGGCCAAGCCGUUCCGCAUGGACCUACUGGAAGGGCGGGAUCUGGUGCUGAGCGUCAACUCUCGGGGGCUGCUGGUCUUUGAGCACCUGCGCCAAAGGAAGGACUCUUUCUCGGAAAAAGUUAGUAGCACGGUCGUUAGCAUUUGGGAUAGGAUCAAGAACCUUUUCUCUAGAGAACCGCCCAAGGAAGCGUUGCCAGAAGGCGAGGGGGCCGCUGAGGCGCCGGAUGCCGCUUUGUCUGAGGAGCAGGAGUCCACGGAGAAAAGCGAGCAGUUUGAGGAAGCACCCAAAGCAGCAGGUGAAGCUGAGGAAGACCCAGGAGCUUGGGAAGAAACAUUCAAGACCCACACAGACAGCAAGCCCAAUGGCCCAACGUCUGUGGGGCUAGAUUUCUCGCUCCCAGGUGUGGAGAACGUGUACGGGAUCCCGGAACAUGCGGAUAAUCUCCGGCUACGAACCACCGAGGGAGGGGACCCUUACCGCCUUUACAACCUGGAUGUCUUCCAAUAUGAACUUUACAACCCCAUGGCCCUCUACGGCUCUGUUCCUGUUCUCCUGGCUCACAACGCCCAACGCACACUGGGCAUCUUCUGGCUCAACGCUGCAGAGACCUGGGUGGACGUCACCUCCAACACAGCGGGCAAGACCCUGUUUGGGAAGAUGCUGGAUUACAUGCAAGGCGGAGGUGAGACCCCGCAGACGGAUGUUCGCUGGAUGUCGGAGAGUGGGAUCAUUGAUGCCUUCCUUCUGCUGGGGCCUACGCCCAACGAUAUCUUCAGGCAGUACGCCUCCCUCACAGGCACCCAGGCUUUGCCUCCACUCUUCGCCCUGGCCUAUCACCAGAGCCGCUGGAAUUACAACGACGAGGAGGACGUGAGCACCGUGGACAGUGGCUUCGACGAGCACGACAUCCCAUACGACGUCGUCUGGCUAGAUAUCGAGCACGCCGACGGCAAGCGCUACUUCACCUGGGACCCCAACAAGUUCCCCCGCCCCCGGGAAAUGCUCCAGCGAUUGGCGUCCAAGAGGCGGAAGAUGGUGAGCAUUGUGGAUCCACACAUCAAAGUGGACAGCAGCUACCGGGUGCACAGUGAGAUUCGCUCCCGGGACUUUUACGUCAAGACCAAGGACGGUGGGGACUACGAGGGCUGGUGUUGGCCAGGCUCAGCGGGCUAUCCGGACUUCACCAACCCAGAGAUGCGUAACUGGUGGUCCAGCAUGUUCGGCUACGACCAGUAUGAGGGCUCCAUGGAGAACCUCUUCACCUGGAACGACAUGAACGAGCCCUCUGUCUUCAACGGGCCUGAGGUGACGAUGCACAAAGACGCUGUGCACCAAGGGGGCUGGGAACACCGUGACGUCCACAACCUCUACGCCUUCUAUGUGCAAAUGGCAACAGCGCUGGGGCAGGUGCAGCGGUCAGGAGGCGUGGAGCGUCCGUUUGUGUUGACCCGAGGCUUUUUUGCAGGCUCACAGCGCUAUGGGGCUGUGUGGACAGGGGACAACGCAGCAGAAUGGGACCAUUUAAAGAUCUCAAUCCCCAUGUGUCUGAGUCUGGGACUUGUGGGCAUCUCUUUCUGUGGAGCUGAUGUGGGCGGCUUCUUCAAAAGCCCGGAGCCGGAGCUACUGGUGCGAUGGUACCAAGUGGGGGCUUACCAGCCGUUCUUCCGGGCGCACGCCCACGUGGACACCGCCCGCCGGGAACCCUGGCUCUUUGGCGAGGAGAACAAAGCACUGAUCCGGGACGCCAUCCGUGAGCGCUACGCCCUGCUGCCAUUUUGGUACACCCUCUUCUACAACAGUUACCGGACUGGCCAGCCGGUCAUGAGGCCUCUCUGGGUGGAAUAUCCCCAGGACGUUACAACUUACGCCAUUGACGACCAGUAUCUGCUUGGUGAUGCAUUGUUGGUCCACCCGGUAACAGCCCAGGGGGCCCGAGGUGUGCAGGUCUACUUACCUGGCAAAGGAGAGGUUUGGUACGAUGCCCACACCCACCAGAAGCUUCACGCGCCCCAAACUCUUUAUUUAACCGUCACCAUGAGCAGCAUUCCUGUGUACCAGCGCGGCGGCAGCAUCGUGGCGCGGAAAGAGCGAGUGCGGCGCUCGUCGGACUGCAUGCGCAACGACCCUUACACCCUCUUCGUGGCCCUGGGCCCCCAGGGCACAGCUCAAGGAGAUCUUUUUGUUGACGACGGACACACGUAUAACUUCGAAACGAAGGGACAAUACCUGCAUCGCCGCUUCAAUUUCUCCGGCAACACGCUGACAGCCAGCUCCGUGGACUCGAAGGGCAGCUUUGAAACACCGGCCUGGAUUGAACGGGUGGUGAUCCUAGGAGCUGGGAAGCCAGCAGCAGUAUUCCUCAAACAGGAUGGUGCCGCUGAGACUCGCCUGGAUUUCACGCACGAGGCUGAAACAUCCGUCUUAACCAUCCGCAAACCCGCUGUCAACGUUGGGGCAGACUGGAGCAUUUCCUUGCGAUAAUGCCACGAGGCAGGGGAGGGGGACAGGGUCUGUAGGGUGAAGGACAGGGGAGACACCUGCGCAGUGUUGGGGAGCUCCAGGCCACCCCUCCUUUCACUGGCGCAUGGGCAGGGCAGGCUUGGUAGCUCCCCGACCCGCAGUGUCUCAGGUCCAUGAUCCCAUACCACAAGGCAUGUCUGGGGAGCGGGUGGCCAGAGCUCUCUCCCCCCUUUCAACUCUGUCUUGAACUUUGAUCUUUUCAAGUGGUCCCAUAGAUUAACUUUUAGCAAUAUUUGCUGUAGAAUGAAGACUGGAGUUGGCUGUGACUCAAUUUCCCUCUGCCGCGGGCUAGCUAAGAAAGGUACCCCCUUCUCAUCCAUCCCCCCCUCUCCUGAAGAUGCAACAUUGGGGGUGACAUUUUGAGGGGCUGGACCUUUCCAGAAUAGGCAGGGGUAGUUAAUCCACUCUCCUUUUAUUCCCCCAGUCACCUAUCUCUGUUUUCCUCUUCAUCUCUCCCAACCAACAAUUAUUUCUGGCCCGAAUUCCAAGCCAGUGUCUGGACCAACUAAAACAAAACAAAAAAUACUUUGGCAAGGGCUGCCUUUUAACUUCCUUUCCUUGCCAACAGGUGAAUGUAUAGAGAAUUCCUCUUUCCCCGUGCAGCCUCUCACCAUAAGCAAGUGGCAAAGGGUCCAGCUUAGGAUCAUGACAUCUCUUAACCCACCCCUUGCAAGUCCCAAAAGGUUCUUGGUUUUCUUUUACCCUUCCUCCUCAAAACCUUACUACUGUGGAUGAGGGGGGGGAUAUUGGACGGAGGUGGAAUCUAGGUGUCAGUGAAUCACUGUCACUUCUAUUUAUGUCUUUUUUUUUUUGAGGGGAGGCAGGGAAAGUCGACAAGACAGAUCAUGUGAAAAGGGAAAAGAGGAGUUAGUAGAAUUUGAUAGUUUUUGUCCUGCAAGGGGACCUAAAAAGAGAGAAAAAGUAAGCAUGGGGUCAGAGGGGGGAGGUGUUUCAAGCUGCUAAGGAAAGAGGCAUCUCCACUGCUGGAAAGAGAGAAGAGGGGGCCACUUCCUAGAGGGGGAACUGGAUGGCAUUUUUUACUCUUUGCUACUGCACCUCCCAUUUCCCACUCUCUGCUUCUGGCUAUCAGCACUCCUCUUGCCCUCUGUCUAGGCUGCGUGGCUUUCUUUGGACGUCUUCUUUGUGUGUAUGUGGAUUAACAAUCCUGGUUCUGGCUGGUUCUCCCUUGUGUGUUCACAGGCAAAAAGCCCAGAGCAAGGCUUUUAACUAAAAACAAAAAACAAAAAAAGUAAAAUUUCCUUCUUAGCACACACACAUACUUUUCUACCCCUUCCUGAUUUGUGGUUUCAUCUGCAGGUAAAGCUUUCCACUGACUGAGUGUUUUGAUAAAAGAUGGACAAUAAAAACAAACAAAUAAAAUUCCCAUAAAAACUGAA